UUUAGGACUCGGCCCAAUAUAAAAUUCCAAAAUACAGCAUCUUAAAGAUUCUUCAGGUAUUGAUUCAACUAACAAAUAAUCUUAGUGGCACAUCUAUAUCUCUACAGGGCAUAACUUAUAGUAGGUAUGCAAUAAAUAUUUCUUGAAUGACUUCUGUUAUAUGGGGAUAUAAAAUAAUAAAAUUAAGUCCCUCAAGCUCAUACUCUAGCUGGGAAAACGAGACUCAAAACAUUUAAGUCAAAACUUCUGGACAGUUUUUUUGUUUUUUUUAAGUAUUUAUUUGAGAGAGAGAGAAUGAGAGGGGGGACGGCCAGAGGGAGAAGCAGGCUCCCCACCCAACAGGGAGCCCAACGUGGGACUCCAUCCCUGGACUCCAGGAUCACGACUUGAGCCGAAGGCAGUUGCUUAACCGACUGAGCCCCCAGGCGCCCCUUCUGGACAGUUCUUGAUGCAUAGAUGCCUAUUGUAGACCACAGGUGCUUCAAGAGUGUAGAUCAGUGUGAGCUGAACUAUUCAGGGCGAGCUUCACAGUGAGCUUACGACCAAUUCAGUCCUGAGCAAUAGGCAAAAUUUCAGUAGAUCAAAAAGAAGGAUUUAAGUGUGUUUCUUGGUUCUAUCUAACUGAAUUGAAGGAAUUUCAACAACAACAACAAAAAAAGCAAAAAAACAACCUUAUGAUUGAAGAACACUAUGGGAGGAUGGGAGGAGUUCUUACUCGGACGAGGACAAUGUAUAUAAAAAUAUGCAAGAAUCCAAGGAAACCCCCAUAUCCAGUCACCUAGAUGAAAUUGUUGCAGCUGUCAGCGUAACGCCUAGAAAGAAGAUCCAAAACAAGCUGCCGCAGACAGCGCUAUUCCAGCCUCCUCGAGAGAAACUCCACCUCUGUGAAGAGAAAGCAAAGUCCUACUCUAGCAAUCACGAAUAUAAAGAGGCUGUCCAUGAGCUGGUGCGCUGCAUAGCGCUGACGAGAAUUUGCUACGGCGCCUCCCACUGGAAACUAGCGGAGGCACACAUUAGUCUGGCUCAGGGCUACCUCCAGCUGGAAGGACUGUCGCUGCAAGCAAAGCAACAUGCAGAAAAAGCCAAAGAAAUCCUCACCAACUCCAUUGUGCCUCCCUAUAACGACAAUACAGAUGUUUUCAAGUGUUCAAUUGAACUGUUCCAUACCAUGGGGAGAGCCUUACUCUCCCUUCAUAAAUUUAAGGAAGCUUCAGAGAAUUUGUCAAAGGCAGAGCAACUUGCAAAGGAGCUGCUGCAGUGUGGAAGGAUUAUAAAGGAGGAAUGGAUAGAAAUUCAAGCACGGAUCAAAUUGUCAUCUGCACAGAUAUAUCAAAGUCAGAAGAAACCAAAAGAAGCUCUGCCCCACUACCAAGAGGCUUUAGAAUAUACUGAGAUCAGUAGAGGUGAAAAAAGUUUUGAGUGUGUACCAAUAUUGAGGGAAUUAGCAGGUGUUGAGCAAGCCCUGGGACUUCACGACGCAUCUAUCAACCAUUUUCUACAGGCGCAUCUCAUCGCGCUGAGCAGUGGCCCCUCCCGAGAGGAGGCAGCAGUCUCCGCACAUUUCGUCGCCCACGCGGCCAUCGCUUCUGGGAGGACCGAACACCACGAUGUGGCCGAGAAGUAUUUUCAAGAGAGCAUGGCUAAUCUUAAGGAUGCUGAAGGGACGGGAAAAGCCAAAUUUCUUUCAAUUCAAGAUGAUUAUUGCCAUUUUCUACAAGUCACUGGACAAAAAGAGAGAGCAUCCUCAAUCCUGAGAGAGUCCCUGGAAGCCAAAGUGGCCAUGUUUGGUGAUCUCAGUCCCGAGGUGGCGGAGACCUACCGGCUGUUGGGUGGGGCCGACCUGGCUCAGGGGAACCACAGUGGGGCCCACAAGAAACUGAAGAAGUGUCUUCAGAUUCAGACGCUCUUGUACGGACUACAGGACAAGAGGACUCUGGCCACCCAGCAGACGGUGGACGUCCUGUCCAAGACCCCAGAGGUGGCCGUGAAGUCUAGGCAGGCCCCGAAAGCCAAACCAGCCUUCUACACCGGCGUGGCCCCGCACACUGUGCUGGGGAAGGCCCGGCCCAACGCGGCGGACUGAGCACCGCCCCCCCGCCCCCCCAGAGAGAGCUUUAGUCAUGCCUGGGCGCCGACACCGAGGGUCCCCUAUCAGCCUCUCCAACAAGAAGAUGGAAUCCGACAGCCGGUCAGGGUUUGCUCUUUGCAGACCUCCCGUGGGCCACGUUUGGACGGUGGAUACCCUCCAGGGUGAUCUGGUGCUUUAUAAAGAAUUUGUCUUUUUUGCCGCCCAAGUGGUUUUUCUCGCCAACAAAAACUUGUACCCAUCAGCACCGCUGGGGUUGCAAGGCUUCUCUUCAGAAGUUUACGAUUUCCUGUGUGUGAAUACAAUGUACAGUAUCUGGACGGAGAGCCCCUGGCAUAGAUCUGGAGUCAAGACUUGGAGCAAUACAAUUCUGGAAAAAGCCCUUUCUUAUAGAAGAUAAUAGGGAUUGAGAAUAAAAUGCUAAUGAGAGGAAACUUGGGAGUACUGGGGUUGGUAUGUAUUUUUAAAAUGAAGCUUGGGGCGCCUGGGUGGCUCAGUUGGUUGGGCGGCUGCCUUCGGCUCAGGUCACGAUCCUGGAGUCCCGGGAUCGAGUCCCACAUCGGGCUCCCUGCUCAGCGGGGGGUCUGCUUCUCCCUCUGACCCUCCCCCGUCUCAUUCUCUCUCUCAAAUGGAUAAAUAAAUAAAA